UUUCCUAAACCCGCCACAAUUCUUACUGACGCCCCUUCUCAAGUCUACCUGUUUCAGCCAGCGAACGAUAUGCGCAUGACAAGAGCUGCUCUCCGGGCUCAGGCUCACGACGAAACCCAACCUAUACACGAAGACACCGACGCGGACACUUCCCGACACGAGUCGAGCGAGAUCCACGAGACCGACCGACCAGCCCUCAAAGAUAUUACAGCAGAAAACUACCCUGUCGCCGAAGAAUCCGUUGUAGCUGAAGAAGAGUCUGCACCAUUGAAGCAGUCCAAGGGCAAGAAAAAGGGCAAGCAGACCAAAAAGGACAAGAACGAGGAGCAGGAGGAGAUCUCGGUUGCGGAGGAUCGUGAGGCACACAUCUGGCCGGUGUUGUCCGAGGAAGUUGCAGACGAGAGUCCAGAACAGUCUCCUGAACCUCAACAAACACAGGACAUUGCCUCACUGAAGUCACAAAGCGCGCAACAGCCCAGUCCCGAAGAAGUAGUGGACGCGGCAGCCGAGCCCCUUACACCCAGUCCAGCUCCCAGCCCAGUUCGCAACGAAGUUCCAAAGACGCCCAAAUUCAAUCCAGACAUUCACGUACCUGAACCAGUCACAACAACACCACACGUAAACAGCAUUGAAGACUCGUUCGUGGAGCAAAUCAAAUCCAGGUCGCCCAGCAAGAUGCGCUACACACCAGAAGAGGCACGGUCUCCUUCCUACGACCCUAACAACCAGCUACCGAGGAUCGAAGACUCUGUAGACGCUAUGGACGCCUUGGAAGACGCAAUCGAAGAGUUCUCUGAGAGACUUCCGGCUUUGGAUGAUCUCAAGAUCGAGUCGCCAGUCAAGUCUCAGAAGAACACACCGGCAAAGUCGAAUCUUCACCCUAGUUCGAAAACACCCGGUACAUCACAAAAGGCUGAACCGGUCCCGGCAAAAGGUGCUCGCAAAUCCCCAUCGAAGUCACCGUCAAAGCCAGCUCCUGCCGCCAGACGACCUAGCGUCCAGCCGAGAUCUACAGCAACCAGCCGUGCGUCGAGCGUGAAAGCGGGCAUGAAACCAAUCAACGUCACGAAGCAAGUCAAGAAGCCCAUCAUCGACGGUUCGAAGCCUAGGGAAUCUUCGGUUGCCUCCGCCAUGCCACCACUCACAUUCUCCAAUUCUCCAUCCAAGUCUCUUCCCAACACGACAAAGAAGCGAGUGCCCAGCACUACCCUCUCGACCAACAAACCGGCAUUCAUUCCGGCAAAGUCCGCCAAACCGCCCACCAGACCCACGUUCAGUCUUCCCGGCGAGGCCAUCUCUGCGAAACUCAAGGCUCAGCGUGAAGAGCGCUUGAAACGUGAAGAGGAAGCCGAGAGAGAGCGCAAGGUCUUCAAAGCCCGCCCGGCACCGGCCAAGACGUCCCGACCCAGCGUGGUUCCCCGCGACACCAAAGCCAGUCAGGCACGCCUGAGUAUCUAUUCGACCGGGACGAACAAGGAGAACGUCGCUCCCAAAGCCGGCGAACUACCCAACAGACCGCGACCGUCGUCGUUCCACUCGGGAGUCCACAACAAGGACGCCACGAAGGCCAACUCGGGCGUGCGCCGGACCAACAGCGUCGUGGGGGCGGGGGCGAGGUCGAGUCCCCAGAAGCCUAGGGUCUCCUCGAUCCAGUUGGCCGCGGGCCAGAAACUGUCGGUGACGAAACAGGACCAGGCGCACCAAAAGGCACGCGGCAAGGAGGUGUUUGCGAGGUCCAAGAUCGAAAUGGAAAGACUCGAAAAGGACAGACGGGAAAAGGAAGAGGCCACGCGCAAAGCCAGAGCCGAGGCGGCCGAACGGGGUCGACAGGCCAGUCGAGAAUGGGCGGAGAAGCAAAAGAAAAAGCUGUUGGCAAUGCAGGCGGCUGAGAAGACGGCUCGGGGUGCGACCGUGGCCGCUUCGUGAACAAACCAACCACGGCCAGGGUCGCAUUGCCUCCCGUGUCAUACGGGUGGGUGGCUCAGACACGAGACGAGUCUGAUCUGGAUCCCGAGAAGUCGACUUCGACUUGACUUUGACUCGACUCGACAGGCACCGGAAAGGAAAUCGGCUAGUAUUGGACGAUGAACGAAUCUUGUUUUUCUUAGUAUCUCCAUUUUUUUUAACCCAAAGCGCCGGUGUUGGUUUUUUUGAUAUCGAUAUUGAUUGAUUGGUCUUCUUUUUUCCGGGGUUGGAGUUUCAUCGAUUCGAGAGAAAAGAAGAUACUUCUACUUAGGUGGUCAAGAAGACAUUGAUCAGAAGGACUCUUUGAUCCUGGCUACCGGUCACGCCGCACGGGUCACUCGUUUGUGAUGCUAUGUGGUUCGAGAAGACGAAGGGCUGUUACUGUACCCGGAAAGGAAUAGCAUAGCAUAGCACCAAAGUUAUAGCUAGUUUCACAAUGGCAGCUUCUAUCUG